AUGCGUACAGGAUCGAGACUCCUAUGGGCGGCUACUUCGGCAGCCAGCCGCGCCCUUCUUGUCAUUGCGCAACUUUCGGGCGACGCCAACUCGAUCGUGGAACCAGCCGAAUUCAACAUUGAAGAAGCGCUCCUGCAGCACGGCAUCAACGUGUCUGGGAUUCCCGACCUGUGCAGCUCGUUGAGAUUCAUCUACGGCGACGACGCAGUCGAGACGAAAGACGAGGCAGCUUAUACCGACUUCUUCAGCCUCUAUUGGUCGACGAUACAGGCCGAGGUCAGGCCGUAUUGUAUCUUCAAGCCGUUCGAACCAGAGCACGUAUCGGUCGUCGUACUUCUAUCGCGCCUGACGCAGUGCCCCUUCGCGGCCAAGAGUGGCGGCCAUGCUGCGAUGGCGGGAGCAUCCAGCAUCGAGGGCGGCAUCACCGUCUCCUUUACGAAUAUGAGGGGAAUUUCGUUGUCUGCAGACAGGAAGGUUGCCUCGGUCCAGCCCGGGAACGUCUGGGGCGAUGUGUACCAAGAGCUGACCAAGUACGACGUCACUGUCAUUGGGGGGCGGAUAUACAGCGUCGGCGUUGGGGGGCUUACGACCGGAGGCGGAAUCUCCUUCUUUUCUGGUCUGUACGGCUGGGCCUGCGACAACGUGGACAGCUACGACGUCGUGAUCGCAACCGGAGCCAUCGUCCGAGUCACGGAGACGUCGUUCCCGGACCUUUUCUGGGCCCUCCGCGGCGGCGGGAACAACUUCGGCCUCGUCGUCGGCUUCAACUUCCGCACCGUCCCGCUCCCCGGCGGCAACAUGUGGGGCGGGUCCCGGACCUACACCGAAGAACAAUUCCCCCGGAUCGCCGAGGCCUACGCCAACAUCAUCGCCAACGCCGAGGAGGACCCCAAGGCCGGCCUGUGGCACGUGUACCUUUACCUCAACGGCACCAAGCUGUCGCCGACGACACUGUACUACGCGGAGCCGGACGGCGGCGACGCCGACAUCUUUUCCGAGUGGAACACCAUCCCCGCCGUCGCCGACACGACGCGGAACCGCGCCGUCGCUGAUUACGCCAGGGAGAACGCGGAGAACACGCCUUUUGGCCUGCGGGAGGUCUUCGCCGUGAUCACCACCAAGGCCGACGUCGAGAUCGUCAACCUGGCGCGAGACAUCUACUUCGAAGAGGUCCUCGCGGUCGCGGACGUGCCGGGCAUCGUGCCCUGCCUGGUGGCCCAGGGCAUCACGGUGCCGAUGCUCAAAGCGAUGCGGAGGAGCGGCGGCAACGCGCUGGGGCUGGACGUCGAGGACGGGCCGUUCUACAUCCUGGAGGUGUCCGUCAUGUGGAGCGAUCGAGGCGACGACGACGCCGUGUACGCGUUCGCGUCGGCGGUGCUGGGCAGGGUCAACGCUGAGGCCAAGGCGCGCGGGCUGGACAGCGACUACGUCUACAUGAACUACGCCGCCCAGUUUCAGGACGUCGUCGCCGGGUACGGGGCGGAGAACAAGGCCCGGCUGAAGCGGAUCGCGAAGAAGUACGACCCGAAGGAGGUCUUCCAGAAGUUGCAGCCGGGGUAUUUCAAGCUCGACCGCGCACCGGUUUCGGACCCGCGACCCGAAGAUCAGUUUGCGGAGUUGGUCAAGAUCGACGGCCGCGUAGACGAGACUGCCGUUGCCGCAGUGUACGAUCAUCUCAAGCCCGUCUCGCCCGAACUCCUCGUCGGUCAGUGGGAAGGAGGCAGCUUCGACACCGGCCAUCCGACCCAUCAACAGCUUCGCAACUUCAAGUGGGCCGGCAAGGACUUCCGAUCCGUCGACGAUGUUGACCCCAUCAUGCGCUACGACAAGGACGGCAAGCGGACAUGGUUAUCCGAGUACGGCCACGCGAGGGUCCGCGAGGUCAGGUUCCGCGGCGUCGUGACCGCGUCGAUGGUCUACGACAAGUUCCCCAUCAUCGACUCUUUCCGCUACGUCGACGACAACACUGUGAUUGGCGCCAUGGACAACAAGGACAUUCGGGGUUUCGGGACGUAUUAUUUCUACUUGAGGAGGAGGAGGCCACAGAGCAAGGUCUAG